GACCAAGCCAAGAGUGGCGAAAAUCAAAGAUAAACGAAUCUCAACAAAAUGGAACCAGAGAAGAUCUCCGAGAAGUAUCAUUUCCAGGGAGAUAGUCAACGAGACAUACCACCUAUCCUGAGGCUCAAAGGUAGGGAAAGGCUGGAAGUGCGGAAUGAACUCUUCAUAAAGAUCACAUUCGAUGAAUAUCACACCAACAUAUGCGGAUCCCUCGAACCCAUCGCUGCGAAGGACUAUGUCGCGGGCGUCUAUGCAAUCCUAAGCGAACCCCUACUGGAUUUUGCUGACCUGCACCAGUGGGCAAGGGACCCCCCGACAAAGGAGCCGUGGGCAGAGGCCCUCUUCGUCCAUCAAGUAAAGCAGUACCUCUGCGAUUUGUCCGUAUCCGACUGGAAGCCGGCCACACUUAACGAUCUGGACGUCACCGACGAGGAGCGACGGAACAGCCGCGUUGUUGACCUGAUGUGGUGCGAGUUCGUUCUUGAAAUCCUCGAGCGAAUGCAACGGGACCGCUACAUCGACAUGCUUGCUGAAGUCGCCCUAGACAUCCGUUGUGCAUAG